AUGGGCAUUCAUAUGCUUACUCGUCUAGGGGCUAUUGCCAUGGGUCUUGGACACAUCAAGGAGGAAUUACCUCUAGAAGAGGACAGGGUCGACGAAUACGCUCGGUUCGGUCUUUUCAUGGCCGAGCUCCUCUACGCAACGUCACUCGGAUUCUCCAAACUUGCCAUCCUUGGCUUCUACUGGCGUCUGUUUGGAAGUGUCGCCAAGAUGAGAAUUGGAAUCUACAUCCUCCAGGGCAGCACCGUCAUCUGGCUCACCAUCCGUACCUUUAUGACCAUCUUUCACUGUGUUCCGGUGGAAGCGUACUGGAAGCACACCAUCAAGAACGCUGUUUGCAAAGUUGAUCCUGCCAAAUUCAUGUUUGGCACGACUCUGGUUCAUCUCAUGCUCGAAGUUGCUGUUCUUUCGUUGCCUGUUUUCCAAGUCAAGAGUCUCAAACUUCGCACCGGCCAAAAGAUUGCCGUCGUUGCCAUUGUCUGCAUCGCUUCAAUUAUCGUUCUGCCCGUUUUCCGCAAGCUUCUUUCCGGCUCCAUCCUCAGCUCUAAAGGCGACUCAACUCCCAACCCUAUCAGCGGCUUGACCAGUAGCAAGGGCAUCAAGCUCACCCACAUCAACCGCACAAAAGAUGUCGACGACAACAGUUCACAGCGAGAACUGGCUGGACUCGAAGAUGGGUCAUCGGGCGACAUGGACUUUCACACCUAUCCUGAGCGCGGUGGUCAGAGCAACACAGUUGUCACCAGCUGUGCGGAUGAUCGACCGGGUAGCAAUCCUACCAACGCAUCAGGUUAUGGCAUCCAAGUCAAGAAUGAGACUAGGGUGUAUUAUGAGUCUUCUUGGAAGAAGGAUAGGGAUGCCAAGAAGGAUGUUGAAGCUGCCGCUGGUUCCGGGUCCUACGUCGUGGCCGACGGGGUACGAUAUUAA